AUGAGUCCUAAUCCAGACUCGGCUCAAGCCAAGAACAAGGGGCCAAAGGCUUGCACAACAUGCGCCAAAGCUAAGGCAAGGUGUGUUCCGGGGCCUCUGGGAAGCCUCAAAUGCGACAGGUGCCUCCGACUGGACAAGCAAUGCAUAAACCAGACUCCGGCUCCGGCCCGGCCCCGUAGAAUUCCAAAGCUUUCAAAGAUAGCUGCUCUAGAGAAACGCCUGGAAGAGCUAUCGUCACACGUGCAGCGUGAGUCGUCAGAAGAAUCCUCGCCUGCUUCCCCAACAGACGAGGCACAGCCAGACCCUGUAUCAAAGUCUGAAGCAUGGGGAUUCAAUCAUCUGUUCCCAUUAAAGCCAGAAAGUGACAACAACCCUGGUCAACAUCCUCCACCAUCGGCUCCGGACAAGGCACGGCCAUGGGACUCCUGGUGGCCCACGCCCCGGGAAGCAGAGUUGCUGCUCAAUGGGUAUAGGACCAUCCAUGCAUGCCUAUACCCGUUUGUGUGUGUGCCCGGACAUAUGACAGCCCUGGAGCUGCGUGAGCAUCGACCAUUCCUGUGGAAGGCUGUCAUGAUGGUGGGGUGCUUUCUCGACGGAGCUAGACAGGUUAAGCUUGGCCAGGAGCUAUUAGCUGAGAUUGGCCGAGCAGCUGUUAUAGAUGGGCUGAACAGUCUUGACCUAAUACAGAGCCUGCAGAUGCUGAUAGCAUGGUUUCAUUAUGCGUUAAAGGGCUCGCAGGUCACGAAUCUUCUGUUCCUUGCUCGAGCUGUAUGUGUAAACCUGAGGUUCAAAGAAGAUGCGAGCCUUCAGGGUGAGGCAUUGGAUCAAAAUCUUAACCAUAUGAGAGUCCAUGUCGGGACUUAUUACCUUAACACUUUAGUGUUCACAGCUAACAAACGGCCCGAUGUGCUCAUGAAUGCUAACCAUGUGGACAUGUGCUGCCGGGUUCUUGAGACAACCAUGCAGUAUCCGUCCGAUGAGUAUCUAGUCAAGCUUGUGCGCAUUCAACAGCUCGCACAUUCUAUAUCCAUCGCCAUGUCGCCCGAGAACCUAAGCCAGACUGUUAGCAAAUUGCCGUUGACUAUGGUAGUACAGUCUUUUGAGGAGCAAUUGCAGCAAUAUAAAGAUUCCAUUGGCCCACGAUUGGCUGAUAACGACAAUCUCAAGACCCAUGUCAAUGUUGCCGAAGUGCUACUUUAUGAGGUCGCCAUCUCAGAUCAACACUUCGCAGCAUCCUAUCUUCCUUUGACUGACCGUCUCCAACUUCUAUGGGCUUGUGUCCGAUCGCUCAAAACAUUCUUCGAUAUCCGGUUCGACCACCGGGAACUCGAACGUCCACGCUUCCUAUGCAUGAGCGCUUCUGAGCUGGUGUACACCAUCAUUGUAGGUAUCAAAGUUGUGACGCUACAGCUUCCAGGAUGGAAUCUUGUCAACAUCCACGGCGAGCUUGACAUGGUGCAAGUUAUGACUCAGCAAGCUCAAGAUCUGGACAUAAUUGUCGGACGCCGCAAACAUGGCAACAUGCUAGGCACGGCGACGCCUGCGGGGAUUCUAACUCCAACACCCCCGCCUGAUCCGUUCGAGAGACUUGUGAGGCAAUUGAAGUCGGUAAGAGACUUGGUCAGGGCUGAGAGGCAACGGCUACUUGCAGGGUCUGGGAACUCGGAGCUUGUCGACUUUAGUCAAGAUUUCUUGAUGGAUGAUUCAGGGGUUGAUUUUUGGCAAGCGGCGGCAACGAGAGGUUAUAAUGUGUGGAACAUCAUUGGGGAUCCUGGUGUUUUGAAUGAACCUCAUUAA